GCGAGGUGGGAAGGAUGGUGGUGAAGCCGUGGCAGUGUACCUUAAUAUGAAAGUGGUCUCAUCUCGAAUUUCGAGCUUGGGUGCUUAGACAGCUCACUUUGACACGCAGAAAGGGAUAAAGAGACGGCUGCUCAAAGAAAAGACAGCCCGCUUCGCCUGCUCUCGUAUCCUUGCCAGACUCCGUCAUUGUACUAAGUAAUAAAAACGCCACAGCAUUAGCUAUCAGUUGCUCUGGUGGCUCACUAUUUGAGGAUCUGAGUCUCAGUGCAUGAGAAAGGACAGCACUGGGCCCUAGACCAGCAGUCUGUGGAGGAGGCUAGGACAGACCAGAGGUGGGGAGGUGACUGGGAGCCACUCGUGCGAGAGGGAAAGGGUAGCCAACUGUGCUGUUUGAGAAGUGGAAGCUCAGAGCGGUCAUGAAGAUUGCUGUGGAGGGGUGCUGCCAUGGCGAGCUCGACAAGAUCUAUGAGACAAUUGGCUACCUGGAGCGCAAGGAGGGUGUGACUGUGGACCUGCUGUUAUGCUGUGGAGACUUUCAGGCUGUACGUAAUGAGGGGGACAUGAAGUGUAUGGCGGUGCCAGCCAAGUACAGAAGCAUGCAGACCUUCUACAAGUAUUACUCUGGUGAGAAGAAGGCUCCGGUCCUGACCAUUUUUAUUGGGGGCAACCAUGAGGCCUCCAACCACCUUCAGGAGCUACCAUAUGGUGGCUGGGUGGCCCCCAACAUCUACUACAUUGGUUAUGCUGGAGUGGUGCGCUACAAAGGAAUACGAAUUGGUGGUCUGUCUGGAAUCUUCAAAUCGCACGACUACAGGAAAGGACACUAUGAGUUUCCACCCUACAGUCAGGAGACACUGCGGAGCGUCUACCACACCAGGAACAUUGAGGUCUUCAAGCUGAAGCAGAUCCAGCACCCCGUGGACAUCUUCAUGUCCCACGACUGGCCGCGCGGCAUCUACAACUACGGCAGCACGGAGCAGCUGCUGCGAAAGAAGAAGUUCCUCAGGCAGGAGGUGGAGAGCAACUCACUGGGCAGCCCUGCUGCCGCCGAGCUGCUGGCCCACCUGCAGCCGUCCUACUGGUUCUCUGCCCACCUGCACGUCAAGUUCGCCGCCAUCAUGCAGCACCAGGCUCAGAGUGACUGCGCUCCCCGCACCACCAAGUUCCUCUCGCUGGACAAGUGCCUGCCACACCGGGACUUCCUCCAGAUAGUGGAGGUGGCAGACCGGCCAGGAUCCUCAGAGCACCUGGAGUACGACCCUGAGUGGCUGGCCAUCUUAAAGGCCACAGACAGCCUGCAGAGAGUCACCCCCAGUCCUUGGAACCCGCCCCAGGACAACGGCCUGCACCCACGAUGGGAUUUCAGUGCUACAGAAGCGGCCAUGUUGGAGGUGGUGGGUGACCUGGGAGGUGAGCUGCGCAUUCCAGAGAACUUCAGCAUAACGGUGCCAGCCUACGAGCCCAGCCGCCCCCAGCCUCAGCUGGCCCCCACCUACGCCACCAACCCACAGACCACUGAGCUGUGUGCCACGCUGGGCCUAACCGACCUCUACGCCCGCGCCGGGCAGGGCGAGGGUGCGGCCGAGGAGGGGGGAGGCCAGGGAAGCAUGGUGGAGGAGGAUGAGGAGGAGGAGGAAGAGGAGAACCGCAGCACGGGCAGUGUGGAGGAGCCCAGUGAGUACCCCACUGACACGUCGGGCCUGUCUAGCUCCUACAACCCGGAUGAGAUCACCAUCGAGGACGAGUGGGAGGAAGAGGAAGAGGAGGGGGGAGACGGGGUGAACAAGGGGACCGCCGCGGCCAGCCUGAGCCCUGACGCCGUGGUCCCCGAGGGCGAGGCGGGGGGCAGGGAUGCUGACAGCCCUCCAAGAGACCUGGCCACCAGCUGCUUGGUCCUGCCCUCUCCAAAGCUGUCCUUCCCUUUGGACCUGCCUCCCCCAUCCCACUCCACCCCCAGCCCCUCCUCCCCCUCCCUCUGCAGCCUAGGGGAGGAAGGGAGCCCCCAGCUGGUCAGAAUUCCUAAACGCACCAGCGGGGAGGCAGGAGGGGCCAGCAGCACCGGCAACACCCCAAAGAUCAAGCGCCGAAACCAGACCAUUUACACUGCCCAAGAGGAGGAGGAGAGCGAGGGGUAG